AAAACAAAAUAAUCAGCAGUGUUAUAGGGGGGAUCAACUGUAAUUGAAGAUUGACCUCUACUACUGGAAUUUUCUAGAACAUUUCACAGAAGUGGUAUUUUUCUCUAUUUCUAUUAAUAAUUUCCUAGACAUAUCAUAUAUUUCUAAAUUCGUCUAGAGUAGAAAAAGACGUUGCACAUAAUUAUAAGCUAACAAAAUUAAUAUAUUAGAUGAGAUUAAUAUUUUAAGUUAAAAUUUAUUAUUUUCUUCAGUAUGGAAUCUGAAAUACAAAUAUUCCAUGAUACUGUUUAUGGUAUUAUUGACAAGAUUAAGAGAUAUUCCCUGCAAAAUCGAAAUGCUAGAUUUGGGGUAGAGUGUCAUUUAACAUAUAUAUUGACACAAUUCACCAGAAUUAUAGAAUUAGCAGAAUCUACUCUUAAGAAUAAUAAUUUAGUUGAACGAACACUUUCAAAGUUAGUUACUAAAGAGGAUUUGCAAGACUUUAAAGAUGCUCAAUUUGAUGAAUCUAAAGAAAUUCUAAUGGAUAUUCAAUCCGCAGUACAUAACCAAAGGAAAACUACUUCUGACAGUGUUGCUGGCGAAAAAGUUCCUAGCACCCUUAGUUAUAGAGAUACCCUACUAAAAGGAAUAAAACCAACCUUACCUGCAAAUGAACCACCUCCACCAGAAUACACAGUUUUGGUAUAUAGUGAUAAAGUCGGUACCACUUGUGAUGAAACUAAACGUAAUCUAACUAAUAAUGUGCAACCUGAUAAACUUGGCAUAGGGAUACGUAGAAUAAGGAAAAUUAGGAAUGGAGGACUUGCAAUUGAUUUAAGCCAUAAGAAUGAGGUAGACUAUUUUUAUUUUAAAGAGAAUGUUGAACAAGUUCCUGGCUUUAUUUCCAGACUGCCAAAAAAGUGACUUCCACUAAUCAAAAUUGCUUCCAUUCCUAAAGGUAUUAAUAAAAAAGAUCUCAUAUUAGAUAUCUUCGUGCAAAACAUGUACCUUCUAGAAACUUUUACUGAUCGCACUUUUGCUGAACAUGCUACUAUUAGAUUUCUGCUUAAAGAAAAGAAUGAAAAUUAUCUUUCAUGGAUUCUGGAGGUAUCUCCACAGGUUAGGGAUAAGUUGGUAAAAGCAGGAAAAAUUCACCUUCUUUGGUCGACGUGUCAAGUUUUUGACUUUUUUCCUAUUACUUAAUGCUAUCGAUGCUUAUCUUUUGGUCACAUAGCAAAAAAUUGUACCUCAACAGACAAUAUAUAUAAUCAUUGUAAU